AUGGACUCUGCUAUGCUUGAUAAGGAGAAAGUUGUUAAGAGUUCCCCAGAGAUGAAGGAAGAGGAGCAGCAGGAUGCAGUAAAUCUGGUGGCUAACCUGACCUUGGUCAGCUCUGCCUGUGAUGUGGUUUCUACAGCUUAUGUCUCUACCAAGGAGAGCCACCCCUACAUCAGAUCUGUGUGUGAGGUGGCAGAGCAAAGAGUGAAGAGUGUAACUGAAGCAGCAGCCAGCUGUGUGCAGCCAGUCCUGACUACACUAGAGCCUCAAGUUGCUGUGGCAAACGAAUAUGCCUCCACGGACUUGGAUAAACAAGGGGAGAAGCUCCCUCUCCUCCAAAAGUCAAUGGACCAGGUUCUCUCUGACACAAAAGAGCUAAUGUCAUCCAAAGUGGCUGAUGCAAAGGAUGCUGUGAGCAGCAAGGUGACAGAGGUGAUAGAUGCAACCAAGGAGGCUCUUCAGAGUGGCAUGGAGGUUGCCAGAUCCGCAGUGACCAGCAGUGUGGGGAUGGUUAAAGAUUCCAGAGUGUGCCAGCUGGCUGUGAGCAGAGCAGGAGCAGUCCUGGAGGAAACAGGAGAUGACAACAGUCUCCCUAUUGGAAAUGAGGAGUUAGCCAAACUGGCAGCAUCUGGGGAGGGCACAGACAUAAUGUCUGUGGAGCAGUAGCAGGAGAACCGGAGAUACUUUGUGCGGCUGGGGUCUCUCUCGGAUGAACUCCGCCAGUUUGCGUACCUGCGAUCAACAGAUAAAAUGAAGCAGGCCUGGCAGGGCAUGCGGGAGGCACUCACACAGCUUCACUGCAUCAUUGAACUGAUUGAAGUGUUUAAGCAAGGACUUAAUCAAAAGCUUCAGGAAGGGCAGGAGAAACUAUGCCAGAUGUGGCUGGACUGGAGUAGGAAGCAUUCCAAAGAAAGCAGAGAUGCAAGCUCAGCAAAGCCAGAGGAGAUGGAGUCUCUGGUACUGCUCAUGGCAUGCAGUAUUACACAUCAGCUGCAGAUCACUUGCUGUAAAAUAAUAUCUGCAAUCCAAGGCCUGCCUUCAAGCCUUCAGGAUAAGGUGAAACAAUCUCUUGGUACCCUAGAGGAACUUCAUGCCUCUUUCUCAGCAGCAAGCUCCUUACAGGACUUGUCCAGCAGCCUCUUGAUCCAGAGCCAGAGGAAGCUGGCUGUGAUCCAGGAGUACAUGGAGGAGCUGCUGAACUACCUGAGGAACAACAUGCCUCUCUCCUGGCUGGUAGGACCCUUCUCCCCAAGGGAUGAGAAAGAAGCCUCACAGGAGAAGGGAACAAAGAUGGUAGGAGCAGGGAAUUGUGAGGCCUCCAUCACUCUCAUGUAA